GCGGGUACGAGCGGGCGCGGGCACGAGCCGCGCGGCACCGACUCGGGCUCGGAGAGCUCGAUCCGGCGCGGGACUCCGAGGCAAGAGCGCGGUCAGGUGGAGACCAGGAGCUUGAACCUACAUCCUUGCACACUGUAAUGUGUGCACCUAACCAGAAUCUCAUUUUCAGCUUCUGCCAAAGCCAGUAGCAGUUGGAAAAGAAGAUUGCAGCUACCUUGAAGACUCCCCCAGGUGUCUGCCUGCCCCCCACCCCAUCAGGAUGGAUCUGGAUGUGGUAAACAUGUUUGUGAUUGCGAGUGGGACACUGGCCAUCCCAAUUCUGGCCUUUGUAGCCUCCUUCCUCCUGUGGCCUUCAGCGCUGAUCAGAAUCUACUAUUGGUACUGGCGGAGAACGCUGGGCAUGCAGGUCCACUAUGUCCAGCAUGAAGACUACCAGUUCUGUUAUUCCUCACGGGGCAGGCCAGGCCACAGGCCAUCCAUCCUCAUGCUGCACGGCUUCUCUGCACACAAGGACAUGUGGCUCGGUGUGGUCAAGUUUCUUCCGAAGAACCUGCACUUGGUCUGCGUGGACAUGCCGGGACAUGAGGGCACCACACGCUCCUCCCUGGAUGACCUGUCCAUCGAUGGACAAGUCAAGAGGAUUCACCAGUUUGUAGAAUGCAUCAAGCUGAACAAAAAACCCUUCCACCUCAUCGGCACCUCCAUGGGUGGCCACGUGGCUGGGGUAUACGCUGCCUACUACCCCUCAGACAUCUGCAGCCUGAGUCUUGUGUGUCCUGCUGGCCUACAGUACUCAACUGAUAAUAAGUUCAUACAACGGCUCAAAGAACUACAGGCCUCAGCCUCUGUAGAGAAGAUCCCCCUGAUCCCUUCCACUCCAGAGGAGAUGAGUGAGAUGCUACAACUCUGCUCCUAUGUCCGCUUCAAGGUACCCCAACAGAUCCUGCAAGGCCUUGUUGAUGUCCGCAUCCCACAUAACAGCUUCUACCGCAGGUUGUUUUUGGAGAUUGUCAAUGAGAAGUCAAGAUACAGCCUCCAUGAGAACAUGGACAAGAUCAAAGUCCCGACGCAGAUCAUCUGGGGAAAGCAGGAUCAGGUGCUUGAUGUCUCUGGGGCAGACACCUUGGCCAGGUCCAUCACCAACUGCCAAGUGGAACUUCUAGAAAACUGUGGGCACUCAGUGGUGAUGGAGAGACCCCGAAAGACAGCCAAGCUCAUUAUCGACUUCUUAGCUACUGUGCACAACAUGGACAACAAGAAGCUGGACUGAGGCCCUGGCUGUCGCAGCCCACGCUCCGUAUUCCGCAUAUACACACCCAGCACCCCUCUCCAGAACCUUUGUGGCCACCACUUCUCAGGGAUCCCGCCCUAGCUGCAGGUGGGGCACCUGUGUCCCUGAGGAAACCAAC